UAAAUGUGCAGUUGCAAACAAAAACAAUUUCUUUUCUUGAAAAGAAAACAAGAGGCGAGCUAAGCUAGCUGGACUGACAUGAGGCCGCCGCUGGCGUCGUCGUCUUCUUCUUCCAUUGCUGCCGCCGCUGCAACGGCUCCCUCCUCCUCCUCUGCUCCUCCGGCCACAACCAGGAGAGCACUGCUCUUGUCCACCUCAGCCCUCACGCUCGCCGCCGUCGUUCCUGCAGUGGCCCAGGCAGCCGCCAACCCCUUCUCCACGCCCUACUCCCAGUCCCGGACGCUGCAGCUCGGCCUCGACACCAACGGGUUGGUUGGGAAGAUUCGGACAUGCCCCUCCACCAAUCCCGGGUGCGUCUGCACGAAUCCCACCGUCGGCGCCUCCUCCUCCGUCGCCUCCCCGCUCAUCAUCCCGGAGUCCACCUCCGCCGACGCUGCCGCUCAGAUGUUGCGGCAAGCCAUCCUCAAGACGCAGAAGAAUGUCAGCUUCAACGUUGAUCAGCGAACUCCCCACGGCCAGUACAUCCAGGCCGAGGUGGACGGCGGCUUCGGCCGGGACGUGAUGGAGUUCCUCGUGAAGAAGGACGCCGGCGUUGUGGCCUACCGCUGCGUCGCCACCAAGGUCACCUUCGUCUACCCCUUCACCACCGCCAUCGGUGACUCGCGGGGCCAGGAGCAGAGGGUCGCCGCCGUCGCGCAGGAGCUCGGCUGGCCACCUAGCGACGCUACAAUCACUAAAGUGAUCCAGAGACGCACCGCCAUCAUCGCCCCUUCCUCACCGGGGAGAACAUCAUCCUUUGGGUUUUUCAAAGACGUGAAUAUGAUCUACGCCAUGUUGAGUCAACCAUGGUCUUCGGUUAAAUGCACGCUGCACCAGUAGCAGUAGCUUCCUUGGCUUGUAAGGAAGCAGCAGGUUCCUAGUAAUUACCUAGUAGUUUACUUAGCUACCUAGUAGUUUCCGAGAAUGUGAUGUGCAUGUACGUAGUAGUUUGCUAGCAGUUUUUCUAGGGGUUUACUUGACUUGACCCGGGCUGACCUGUGGCCUAUAAAAGGAGAUGAAUCCCAUCGGUUGUAAGUAGGCCGCUCCAGUGCAAUAUCAAUCAGCCUCAAGUGCUCUCCCAUAUGUGUGUGUUCAGUGUAGAAGCAUUGUUUAGCCACUAGUAGUCUAGUACGUGAGCUCCGCUCCAACUCGAUUAUGUGUGUACCACCCUGUUCGUGUCCUCCUCUGCCAGCAUAGCUAGACAUCCAGCAGUAGUUCAUCUAUAGUCUAUAGUUGGGCUAACACGCCACACACGUCACAAGGAAGGAAUGAAAACGCGCGCUUCGAGAUGUUUACGCCGUAGAGCUAGCAGCGCCAACCUACAGCCCGUGGUCGGAAAUUCCAAUCACCUUUGACCAAAGGGACCACCCGACGAGCAUCCGUCACCGAGGCACUGCGACCCUGGUUCUCAACCCCAUAGUGGAUGGCUUUCACCUAACACGAGUCUUCAUUAACGGGGUAGCAGUGUCACUUGAUAUACACCGACACCAUCAAGAAAAUGCAUAUGGAUCCGGCAAAGAAUCAAGCCCCAGCACUACCACCUUUAACCAAAUAAUACCAGGAGUUGAGACACAAUGCUCGGGCAGCGUCAACUUGGACGUGGUCUUCGGUACUCCGGAUAACUUCCGAAGCGAAGAGUUAAUCUUCAACAUCGUACCCUUUCGUAGCGGUUAUCAUGCGCUCCUCGGACGAACUGCCUCCGACAACGCAAAAUGCACCGCCAGGAUGGGGGCUAGACGGGGAAAACCUUAUUCCAUCUUCAAGGAGUCCCCGCUGCCUCACCUUCAUGAACAGGACACAAACCCUAAACAGACUCAAAAGGCACCUAACAACGAAGCAUGAGUCAUCCCGCCGACAAGGGCCGGGAUCUACAGAUGAGGCAGGUCGGCGGUGGCGCCGACGAGAGGCAAGGAAACUCUAAAUGUUUGAGUGACUUUCUUUCUUUACGUGGAAGAAAGGAAAAACACAUCGUUACCAUGCAAUAAUUGUUAACUGUUUGCUAGGGGAGGAUUGAGUUCCUUCGGAGCAUUAUCAAAC